GAAUGCUAGGGUUUACGACCCGCGCUUCUCAUAUAAAUGGCAGCAGGUGUCCCGUACUCGAACCAUCGAGCCGCCGCCGCCGCCGCCGCAGUUGUCUUCGGUCUUCCGUGCUCACCUUCGAGAGAUCAAGUUGCUGCUGCGGUAGUCCCCAACCAUCAUCAUGCAGAACGAGGAGGGUAAGACGGUGGACCUCUACGUCCCCAGGAAGUGCUCGGCCACGAAUAGGAUCAUCACUGCCAAGGAUCAUGCCUCUGUCCAGAUCAACAUUGGCCACUUGGAUGCGAAUGGCCUGGUGAUGCUGACAGUUCGUUGGACAGGCUGUGGCAGAAGAAGAAGGCUGAGAUCAAGCAGUAGGUCUUUGCACGUAGUUCCACCGGUAAUGGACUCUUGAGGGAUACUGCUCUAGCUAAUGCUUUAGCUGGGGGGGGGGGAGUGAUUCUGAUGUUUGGCUGUUCGUUUGUUGGAUGACCAGGUUUUAGUUUGUCUGGCCAUGCUUGGGUCGCAGCAAUCUGUGGCACGAUGAAUAUCAUUUUGUCAACCUAUUCUUCUCACAUAUUUGGUCGCUUAGUAUUUACUAUUUACAUCAA